UGACCGGCUGAAAGGUACAAAGCCCCUAGCCAUGGUUUUCCCUCGAUUGACCUGUCCAAGUGGGCCCUCUAUCUUGCUUUGGGUUCUGGUCCUGGCCUGGGCCACAGGGGGUCACGGGGAGGACAUCCCGGCCGGCCAGCACCUUGAGGAGGGCAAGCAGGAAGGUUGGAAGGUGUCCCGUUUCUUCUGGAGGACUGUGGAGCCCUUGCUAACCAGGGCCACUGAGAGCUGGAACUGGAUCCGGACUCCAGGACCCGUCCGAGGCUAUCUCCAGACUUAUUAUGAAGACCAUCUCAGUGGCCUGGGCCUCCGAGCCCAGAACUGGCUCCACACCUCCAGGGAGAAAGUCCGAAGUCUGUGCCCGACUAAGUUCUGUGGAGGCUCUUAGAGCCCGGGCUAAGAAGCAAGAAACCCCAACGAUGCCUGCAGAUUUGAGCAAUGACAUCCCCUCUCUGGGCUCCAGCUCCCUCCACUAUCAAGUGAUUGGGGGAGACUCGGGGGUGUUUUUUGUUCCAAGCUCCCUCUCAGCUGUGACGUUCUCUGUUCUAAGACCCUUCCUAGCUCGGAUAUUCUGUUCUUAGUUCCUUCCCAGCUCUGACACUCUCUAAGAACCUUCCUAGCUCUGACUUCUUGUUCUCUGGCCCCUACCAGCUGUGACAUUCUCUGCUCUAAGACCCUGCCUAGCUCCGAUAUUCUGUUCUAAGUUCCCUCCAGGUGUGCCAGUGCCGGAUCCAAGGCCCCUUCCAGCUCUGACAUUCUCUGUUCCACGGAGGUCCUUUUUGCCCUGACAUUCUUUGUUCUGUGCUCUAAAACAUUGUGUCAGAAGGGCCUUCCGCCGCUAGAACAUUCAAUAACUAACAAUUAUCUGUAAGACAAUCAGUCCUCCCUCCCUCCUGCCCGGUGUUCUCAAUAAAGUCUGCUUUCUGUUUCCUCCCAA